AUGGCUAUGGUGGAGCCUGCGGGUGUUGAAGACCGGCUUGGUGAGCAGUGGGUCUCAUUGGCUCAACAGGUCAGUGUCUCCACAUAUUGUCGACCCGUGGAUUUUACGGGAUCAUGCCGCUUCAAUGGGAAUACAUGGUCUAUCUUAAAAAUUCUCAUCGAGUUUUUGAUUUCAUGGAUCAUCGUUGGAGACAAGGAACGAUUUGCUCUGAUGGUGAAGGGGUAG